UUAUACCCUGCUUCCAGGAUCAGCCUCACACCAUACUUCAUGGAGAAGUCCUCCUCAGUGUUGACAACCAUGAGCUCCCAGCCCCAGCAGAAUUAUGCCACCGAGGUGAAGGCCGCCGUCAGCCGUCUGAUCAACCUGCACCUGCGGGCCUCGUCCACCUACCUCUCCCUGGGCUUAUACUUCGAAGGCGACAAGGUAGCUCUGGAGGGUGUGGGCCGCUUCUUCCGUGAGUUGGCUGAGAAAAAGCGCGAGGGCGCCCAGCGUCUCUUGAAGAUGCAGAAGCUGUGCGGCUGCUGCGCCCUGGUACAGGACGUGCAGAAGCUGUCCCCAGAUGAGUGGCGUGCUAGCGUGGACGCCAUGGAAGCCGCCGUGGCCCUGGAGAAGAGCCUGAACCAGGCCCUUCUGGAUCUGCAUGCCCUGGGUUCUACGAAUGCAGACACUCCCCUCUGCAAAUUCCUAGAGAUCCGCUUCCUAGAGGAGGAGAUGAAGCUCAUCAAGAAGAUGGGUGACCACCUGACCGACCUCCACAGUCUGGCCGGCCCCGAGGCCGAGCUAGGCGAGUAUCUCUUCGAAGGGGUCACCUGCAAGCACGACUAGGAGCCCCGGGAGCCCGGCGGCCUCUGGCAGAGCCCUCUGCCUCCGCACCCCUGCAUCAUUUUUGCCCGAGCCUCUUUCUCCAGCCAGGAGGCAACUUUCUCACCACCUUGAAACCUUCACCCAAGCCGUGGCACCAGAUGGAAACAAAAAAGGUGUUUUUUUGUUUUUUGUUUUUGUUUUUGCAGAGGGGAAAAAAAAGCUAGGC